AGAGCUGUAGCCGCUAUAACCGUAACAGCUGUAACCGAAAAACAAUAAUCAAGGUUUCCUAAAAUGUAGAUAUUUUGAGCAAAUGAUAUAUACCAGAGGCCAUUUGUACAAGUCAAAGUUGGCCUUUAUUAAUUCCUCGCCAAGAGACACAAAUGGCGGCUGUACAAUUACGCUUAGUUAAAAAGCUACAAACAAAACUUCAAGAAACUGUUCACAAAAAUUUCAAGUAUAAGAAUGAAAUUUGUGCCAAGCUUCCUUUUCAUAGGAUCCUUUUUACGUCCCGGCUGUCUUCGUAAAGAAGCAUGACAUUUUGAGCAUUUAAGCCGCGAAAACCACCAUUAUAAAUUAUGCAAAUUUCAAACUUCGCCCGUCAAAUAAAUCGUUGGAACUUUAAACUAUUUUUCCUUGAAUAAGUUGACCCAAACAAGUACGUUUUGGCGAAAUAAAAAAAGAUCGAUUUUUCGGGAUUGUUUCUCGAUUCUCGACAUUCUGAGAAAAUCAUUAAUAUAUUCUUAAAUCUGAAAAUUGUUAUUGUCCCUUAAUUUUCUGGUAAAAAAGCCAGUUCAUUCGCUGGAAUGACAGUGUUGAGCAGAUCACCUCAUUAUUUUGAGCAUGGACAGAAUCGAAAAUAGGCGCACACGCUAAUUAAACCAGAUUCCGUGUGUAUUGAAUGUUGAAAAUCUUGACGCGCUUAAGUGAGGCUGGAUUUCGAGUCUUCGGCAUGUCUUCGGCUGUUCUUUUGAUAUCAAAAACGCACAUGAAAUGGCUUUUCCUUUCAUUAGAAGAACGCAACGUUUUAAGACUUAGAAGAUACGCUAUGAAGAUUAGCUAGAAGCAUUUAGAGUAUGCAGAAACUAGAGAACGGAAGAAGGUCGAACUAGCGCACAAGUGGUUUUUGAGCGCUUUGCCGCAGUGUUAAAUACAUUUAAAAUGCGAUUUAAGUUUCCGUAUUCGGCACAGGUGAAAGUUUAGCAAAAGGACACAAAGGCCUCUUUCGACAAGAUCCGGUUCACACGAAACAGAAUUUAAAUAAGUUCGUUUGCGGUGUUAGACGCAGUUUUUUCCUUCGUUGUGGCGAGGAUAAAGUUCUGCGCAAAAUCGUCGUUCAGUGGAGGUUUUCGUCUUCCUGGUAGUCCAGGAAAUUAUAAAACCCUCCGCGAAGAAUUUUUAUAGGCAUAUAGUUGGAAGUUACGUGAGCGAGAAUCCUAAAGUGGAAUAUUUGGAGGUAAUUGAAAUUAUUAUGUUUUUUUUUUUGAAGGAUAAAGCCAGUUUUCAAUCCAAACUUGGCCUCUAUAUAAUUAUGUAUUUUGAGGAAGAGUAUUUUGAAGUUUAAAGUUUCUUUUUUUCCAUAAUGGGUCGUGUUUCUAUACCAUUUUAUAAAAUUUUACUGAAAAGUAAGCAAAAUUUAUCGCAGCAUUGAUGCGGCGGAUUAACCUGUAAUUUCUGGCGUCGAAAUAAGCCAUAUUUGUACGAAAGCAUCGAUCGUUAAACAGUAAAAAGAAUAUCGCAAGUGUUUGAAGAAGGAAUUUCAUUACUAUUACUGCCUAAUACUUUUGCAAUUCUUCGCAAUUAGAAAAGAACGGCUUUCUUCUUUUUCAUUCUAUAGCAUUCUGUUUCCAAAACACUGUGAAGAACUACAAAGUGUCUUGGCAACCAACGUUUUGACAAACAAGACCCCGAUUGCCUAUUUACCAGUUUGUGGUUCCGUGGGAACAAAAACAAGCGAGUGAAUUUGGAGGGAAGAACAGCUUCGACGAAACUCCAGCAUCCAAUCGAAAUCGAGUGAAAAAUCAAGAAAACAAAAUAUAGCGGCGAUGUCGGCCGCAAACCUCUCGAACAUAAACGAAGGUCACUGUUCCUGGCCGUUGCACCCCGGUAAGACAUCAUGCUUCGCACCGAACAGCUUGCAUCUUCCACUGUUGGUUGUGGUUGUGAUCCUAAACUGCACUCUUUCCAUGGUCUCCGUGACGGGAAACGCUCUGUGGAUAGCAGCCUAUACCAAAACGCCAACCCUUCAGACGCCGUUGAACAUGUGCCUUCUGAGUUUAGCGUCUGUUGGCCUCUUCAACGGCGCAGUGAUGCAACCUUUGAUAAUAUCAGACGCCAUCUAUUUCCUAGCUUGUCCUUUGAAGACUUGCUCUUUGGAGCACAUCGUCACUGGAAUAAUAACUUUGGUGGCUGACAGCACCCUCCAAAACAUUGCCGUCAUCUGUAUUGACCGUUACAUAGCAAUUCUCCACAGCGCUAAGUACUGCCAGUUAGUUUCCAAAAAGAGAAUCGUAAUCGCUUUUUGCACCUACGCACUCUUUCGUCUGUUUUUAAGUAUCUGCGUUUUCACUGGAAUCCUCGAUUAUACUGCUCUGGUUAUCUCAUCAAUAGUUCUUAGCAUUGUGAUUGUCUGUUUUACUUGUAUACGGAUUUUUCUUCAGAUUCGUCGCCUCGGAAGCGUUUCAGUCGGACCAGUGAACCCGGAGGAAGAAAGAAGGAAAGCUCAGGAGCGAAAAAUCACCAAAACUAUCGGUGUUAUCAUUGCAAUUUCGGCUCUGUGUUACGGCCCUGCUCUAGGAUAUUUCUUCGCCAGUAAAUUAACUGUCAGAAGCGAAGGCCUACAUGUCAUACUCUGGCGUUUUAUUGAAACUGUGAUGAUGCUGAACUCUGUACUUUAUUUCACAAUCUAUUUUGCUCGACACAGAGAGAAGCGAGCUGCAGUGCGCAAAGCUGUAAACGAUGCUUACAACGCAAUUAAAAAUUGUAGGUGUCUUUAAGAAAUUAGAAGAUCAAACUGCAAAACAAACAUGUAAUUAGCAAUAAAGUUAACUGUUUACUAACACCACGAGUUUAUCACUUGCACGUAUUUUACAACUGGUCGGGUUUUUAAGCUCCUGAGGGAAGAUAUGUAUUUUAUUUCCCUGCGUGCAAAAUCAUGAGAACCAAGUUUCCUGGUAAAUAUGGUUUGGCGCUGCGAUAAGUAUCUGUUUGAAAAUUCGUUAAGUACUCAACUUAAAAUGUUCUUAAAGUAAACAAAAGGAUUGAUUCAAAGUUUGCACAUCAUCGCUGAAACAUAAUUUCAGUUUAUUUAGGCAUUAGACUGAUUUUAAAUAUAUGAGUAAAUUAUCUGCACGUAAAUUUGCGGAUUCGUCGGUUAACUAUUAAAUUCUCCGGUUCGCGAUCGAUGAAACACAACAGCAGUGGUCUUUUUCGAGGAGAUUUUCCACGUUCGCUGACUUGUUAGCAGCAGAACUUCCCCAAAUGCCCAAAUUAAACAAUAGUUCGAAAAUAGCCACAUGAUUUUGAAAGAUAUCAUUGUGUGAUUGCGACAGACUGCUUAAAAGGAAACAUUUCCUCUUCAAAUGGGGUUCGAAAGUAUGUUUGUCUUUGCGAACGCCAACGCAAUGUAUUAGCGUCUGAGACAAAUUUAUUCACUACUGGAGAGAUUUAUCGAGUCCGAUGUCUAAAGAUUUACAACAAAAUUAAUCAAGCAGAUAAUCGAAAGUAAUACAACAUAUGUAUUAUUAAAUGCAUAUAAUACAUCGAUGAAGGAAAGAAAAAGAGAAUUCAUUUCCGCUUCUCAUUUUCUUUAUGUCUUUAUACUGAAUUGAAAAACCUUUGAAAAAACCUCGACUCGUCGCCUAGACGUGCUUCCCAAAAGAGACAAACAAAACAAAACAAAACAAGAGUAAAAAAAAAUGUGAAAUUGCUCAACCUGGUUACAAAGAUAUCAGGAAUGAAGAGUGGAGAAAAUGUAUUUUAACAGCGGUAAAUAAAUUUGUUAUUUACUGAAAAGUCAGUGUAGCGGGCCUUGGUCAGUACGACUGGUUCGCUUGCCGUAUACAAUAAUUGUAAUUAGACGCUUUGGAAAAUAUCGCGCUACCGUGUUUCUAUUAAUUAGAGUAAAUUGUAUACCUAUGUUGGAAGGUGUAAACACGUACAAUUUUAUUAAUAUA